AUCAGGAACAGAAUCUUACUCCCGUACUUGCACGUGCGUGAGUGAAGCGUUUGCUGACUUCCCCGUUUGGUUGAGGUUGAAUCCGACCGACCCAAACGAAAAACCAAACCAAAAAUUCUUAUCAAUUAUCUCUCAACUUCAUUAUACCACUAUUUAAUCCUCCCCCUCCUCCCAAUCUUCUGUUUUUGCUCACACUAUAUCCAAUUCAUUGGUAAGUCCUCAAGAUUUUUCUUCAAUUUCAUUACCUGGCAAAGUUCUUAACUUUUCUUAAGAACUAGGGUUUCCUUUCCGUAAACACGAGGAAGAAACUUUAGGCCUUGAUUGCCCCUCUGGGUUUUAUUCUUUUCUCUAUUUCUUUUCUUUUUUUUUUUGCUUUGAGAUUAAAAUGAAAUUCUUUGAUAGCUUGUAUAGUUCAAAGAACCCCAAAUUGAAAGGGGUUUUCAAUGGAUUCUGUACUUUGAUCCUUUUGUUUUUAUUUUACAACCGGGUAGAUAUACUUAGAAAUCCUUUUGUUGGUAAAAUUUCAAGUCAAAGAGGUGUUUUUGGAGAUGGGGCAAGGGGUUAUUCGAUUAUUCAUAGGGAAAUGAUUGAAGUCGAUGCUAAUUCAUCGAGCUUGGCUAAUGUGACUGGUGAUCAAAAUGACUCAAGCUUAAAGAAUCAGGCUUUAUGUAGUGGGCUGAUUAAUCAUGAUGGGUACGCUAAUGAAUGUGAGUACUUGAAAGCUAACCCGGAUUGUUCGUCGGGUGGGUUCUUUGAUUAUAUCAAGUUUUUGUAUUGUGAUUGUGGUGAUUUUAGAAUGUUGGGUUAUGUGGUGUUGGGCAUCUGGCUUGCUGCUUUGUUUUAUUUGUUGGGGAAUACAGCUGCUGAUUACUUCUGUUGUUCCUUGGAGAGGUUAUCGAAUCUUUUGACAUUGUCACCUACAGUUGCUGGUGUUGCACUCCUUCCGCUUGGGAAUGGAGCACCAGAUGUGUUUGCAAGUAUCGCUGCCUUUGUCGGAAAGGAUGCAGGUGGUGUCGGACUUAAUAGUGUUCUGGGUGGUGCGGUGUUUGUUACUUGCAUUGUUGUUGGGGCUGUAUCAUUAUGUGUUGCGGAUAAGGAAGUUCAGAUUGACAGGAGAUGCUUCAUUAGAGAUAUUUGUUUCUUCCUUUUUACACUAAUGUCGUUGUUGAUAAUUUUGAUGGUUGGUGAGGUGAGUGUUGGAGCGGCUAUUGCAUUUGUCUUGAUUUAUGUGGUGUAUGCAGUUUCUGUGGCUGCUAAUGAGAUGUUGAGGAAACAUGCACAGAGGUUGAAAUUGGAUGCCGUUACACCAUUGAUUCCUGUGCGAGGAAGUAUAUUUUCACAAACGAGUGGUGAAGAGGAUACAAACAUUUAUAGUUCUCUGCUUGACCUUGAGAAUGAAAGUGACGUGCCCCAUCUACCUUCUUCCCUGCCAUCAUGGAUGUGGGCUUCGAAUGUGGCCAUUUAUUCCAAUCACGCAUCAAAGAUCAAUUUGCUGGAUGAAGAAGGGCCUCCGUGGGGCUGGACUGAUGAGGGCAUGGAAAUCCGCAGUUCUUCAUUUUCAUGUUCCAGGCUGUUGUCAAUGAUGGAGUUGCCAUUGGUAGUGCCCAGACGGUUAACAAUCCCAUUAGUUGACGAGGAAACAUGGUCAAAGCCAUAUGCUGUGGCCAGUGCUUCCUUGGCUCCUCUAUUGCUGGCAUUCUUGUUGAGUACCCAAGAUGAUGUGGGUUCUGAAAGCAGAAUCAUAAUGUAUUUUAUUGGCACUGCAGUUGGUUGUGUGCUUGGUGUUCUUGCAUAUCAACAUACAAACUCUGAUCAUCCACCUCAGAGGUUCUUGCUUGCCUGGGUAUUAGGGGGAUUUUUUAUGAGUAUUGUGUGGUUCUACAUGAUAGCUAAUGAGCUUGUUGUUCUGUUAGUUGCAUUUGGCCUAGUCCUAGGAAUUAAUCCAUCAAUCCUUGGAUUAACUGUAUUAGCAUGGGGCAACUCGAUGGGGGAUUUAGUGUCAAAUGUUGCAUUGGCAGCGAAUGGUGGUGACAGCGCACAGAUUGCAAUGUCCGGAUGCUAUGCAGGUCCCAUGUUCAACACUCUUAUUGGCUUAGGUGUCUCAAUGCUGCUAGGAGCCUGGUCACAGAGCACUGGUAUAUACGUUGUUCCUCAAGACAGUAGCUUGUUUUACACAAUGGGGUUUCUCAUGUUAGGAUUAAUCUGGGCGCUUGUUGUCUUACCUAAGAACGACAUGCGCCCUAGCAAGAUUUUAGGGAUGGGCCUCAUAGCUCUGUAUGUGAUUUUUCUUUCAGUAAGGGUGACCAUUCCCAUGGGAUAUUCAGGUAGUUGACCAGAUGCUAUCUUUUGGGAAGGGCAGGGUUCUCCAACUAUUAUUGUCCCGACAUUUCACUUGUAAAAUUGCAAUUAUAUCAUAGCGCCUGUAUAAUCUUGUCAUCA